AUGACAACCAGGACUCUUGCAGUCGACAACGGCGAUACGGAAAAGGAAGUUAUUCAAAUUGCUGAUACCCAGGACACGUGGUUCGCCCGCGUGGGCGGCGAUGUCGUUGAGCUCGUGGCCAUCUCGGAUGCGCGCGACUUCUCGAUGGAGGAGGAGCUGGAUUCCUGGAAUUAUUAUGUGCCCGAGGACCGCGAGGUGUCCGAGUGGCAUCUGUACUACGCGUUCGCCAUCACCUGGAACAAGGAGCGCCGUGUCGCUGAGAGGGCUGGGUUGGCGAAGGUGUAUCAGCGGGCGUUUGACGUGGCUUCUUUUCACCCUGGCAAAACGUGGAAGGAGAUCACUCUCGGAUAG